UGAUUUUCUUUUUUUCUUUUUAUUUUCUGUGCUGCAUUUUUUUUGUCUUUUUGAAAAAAAAGAGGACUUGGAUUCUCUCGUUAUUCACAUCAAUCCCAUUAGAAGUUUGCUACUGUUUCUCUUGUCUUUGGCUACCCCCCACCAUGGCUCUAUCAUCAGAUCCCCUUUCACCAUCAAGCAUUGCUUCAUCCACUUCGUCUACUGGCAAGCGCCCACGCCGCACUACUCGGAAGAACGAGGGCUGCAUACCCUCGCCUUCCAGCAGCACAUUGGAAGAAGAUGACGAGCAACCGCAGCAUCAGCAGAGACUAAAGCUACACGGAGGCGAUGCUGUCGAGGCUGUGAAACUGACAGAUGAUGCUGCCAAGCAAUGGUUCUGCGCUCGAGUGGUUGAUACAGAUGGCCCACUUGUGCUGGUCCAUUACGAAGGAUUCCCAGCCGACCACGCCGACUGGAUCAGUCAGACCUUGGUGCGACCUCGACGAAAAGGACAGCAGCGAGCAUUGCUGUAUGGUCCACGGGGCAAAGAGGACUGGAGAGACUUUGUUCAACCUGUAAGCAGGACCACGGGCCUAGUCCAUGAUCGACGAAUGGGCUUGCACACCUGUCCAUGUACUACAAUCAGUCAUCCUGAACGGCCUGAACGCAUCACUUCAAUAUUUGAUGCCUUGUAUCAUCAUCGGUAAAUUGAGGAAAAACAAACAAACAAAUGCUGGCUGUUGUUGAAUAAAUGAUUAAUCAUGGAUGGGCUGCUUGCUAUUGCCUGUCUUUCCGCUGCCAGUGUCUUGCGCCAUAUUCGGCACAUCAGGACACGUGAAGCGACCUUUUCAGAACUCUCGCAUGCACAUACAAAGGCGCACGUACGUAACUAUUGCCCAAGCGACGAUGUUAACGAUGACGACAAAGAAGACGACGACAACGACGACGACGACGACGAGAAUAGCGAUCCCAAUCCACGUGCUCGUAAAAUCACUUCAAUUGCAGCACUCCU